ACAGAUCUGUGAUUUGAGACCUAACUGCCACGUGCCUUGCUUUUUCUACUCCACAAAAUGGAAAUAAGAGGAUUUGCUAUACAGGGGUGGACAGAAACAUGCUGAAAUGAAUGUGAGACAUCACACGUGUGAGUUGACUGAGAAGCUGCUUGGCCAAAUGCUGUGCCAUGUACACUGCCCACAGCCUGUCCCUGUCCCACUGCGCUGAGCUGGGAGGAGCACCCAUGCGAUCCUGUGGUAUGCUGGCUCGCUGUUGUGAGUGUCCCUAGGAGGAGAGGCACGAAGUGAAAUGGUUGACGAGGAGGCGAAGAGCUUACCGAUGGAGCUGAGUGAGAAAGGAGGUGUGGAGAACAAUGGGUUUGUUCAAAAUGAGGCUUUUGAUGACAGGGAGACCGACACCAGCAGCCAAGAUGAAAUACCAAAAACGUGUGCUGUUGACAUGAGCCCAGUAGCUGUAGCAGAGCCAGCUCUGCAGCCCUAUGCAGGAAUGCCGAAGGAGGUCCUGCUGAAGUUCUCCAGCCAAGCCCGGUACAGGGUCACCAGGGAGAUUCUCUUCUGGCUCAUCAUCGCUGCUGCCGUCCUGCUUGUGUCUGCCACGAUUGCCAUCAUUGCUCUGUCCCCAAAGUGCCUCCACUGGUGGCAAGAUGGUCCUAUCUACCAGGUCUACCCUCGUUCUUAUAAGGACAGCAACAUGGAUGGGAAUGGUGAUCUGAAAGGUAUCCAAGAAAAGCUGGACCAUAUCACGCAUUUAAAUAUAAAAACCAUCUGGAUCACAUCUUUCUACAAGUCCCCCUUAAAAGACUCUGGCUAUGGAGCCGAAGACUUCUACGAUAUUGAUCCCAUGUUUGGAUCAAUGCGUGAUUUUGAGGAUCUUCUUGCAUCCAUACACGAUCGAGGAUUAAAGGUAAUAAUGGAUUUGAUACCAAACCACACCAGUGACAAGCACCAUUGGUUUCAGCUCAGUCGCAAUCGCACUGGGAAGUACACAGAUUACUACAUCUGGCAGGACUGCGCGCAGGCAGGGGCGGCCAUCACUGCUCCCAACAACUGGGUGAGUGUCUAUGGGAAUUCCAGCUGGCAGUACGAUGAUGUGAGGAAGCAGUGUUAUUUUCAUCAGUUUGGGAAAGAACAGCCGGACUUAAAUUUCCGCAACCUUGCCGUUCAACAAGAAAUCCAUGUAAGUGUAUGAUUUGCUGCUGCACCA